CUCUCUUCCUCGCAGGCGCUCGGCACAGAUGAACAGGGGAUGAGAGCGGAUGGAUUUUCUGCCUCUCAGUGAGUGGAAUUUACAUGAAGAAGAUACACAACAAUCUCUAAGAUAAGGAAAGAGGAAGACAGCCUGGAUUCUUUUUUGCCAUAAGGAUAUCACCAUGGCUCAGAAUCUCAUCCUCAACAGCACCUGGAAGAUGUCGAACCCCUCCAAUGCCUCAAGCUUUCAGGAGAACAGCGUAAUCCCCCAGAACAUCACCUAUGUGGAUUUCUACCUCCACAAACCCUCGGUGGCAGCUGUCUUCACCAUCUCCUACCUGCUCAUCUUUGUGGUGUGCAUGGUGGGAAACGGGGUGGUGUGUUUCAUUGUGUUGCGCAGGAAGAACAUGCGCACGGUCACCAACCUGUUCAUCCUCAACCUUGCCAUCAGUGACCUGCUGGUCGGCAUCUUCUGCAUGCCGACCACUCUGGUGGACAACAUCAUAACAGGGUGGCCUUUCGGUAGAGUCGUGUGUAAGCUGAGUGGAAUGGUUCAAGGAAUAUCUGUGUCAGCAUCUGUGUUCACACUCGUAGCAAUAGCUGUUGACAGGUUCCGCUGCAUUGUCUAUCCUUUCAAGCAGAAACUAACCAUCGCCACCUCAAAGCUAAUUAUCGUCAUUAUAUGGGUCCUGGCUGUGUUGAUCAUGUUUCCCUCUGGGGUCAUGCUCCAGGUCACGAAAGAGCACAGGGUGCGGAUAGUCCUCGGACACAACAACGACAGCCGCCCCUUCUUCUGGUGCCGGGAAAAUUGGCCCAAUCAGGAAAUGAGGAAAAUCUACACCACCAUUCUCUUCGCUAACAUUUACCUUGCUCCUCUCAGCCUUAUUGUCAUCAUGUACGCCCGCAUUGGCUUCACCCUCUUCAAGACCGCUAUUCCUCUGAUGAGGGCCAGUGGGACUGUGUCUGGAGAAGGGAGCGGCAACAACAAACUGGGCAUGGAAAGUCGCCACACAAUUUCCAGGAAGAAGAAGAGGGUGAUAAUGAUGCUGCUGAUCGUGGCUCUGCUCUUCGUCCUGUCCUGGCUGCCCUUGUGGACACUGAUGAUGCUGAGUGACUAUGCCAGCCUGACAGAGCACCAGUACCGUGUCAUUAAUAUCUACGUGUAUCCCCUAGCUCACUGGUUGGCUUUCUUCAACAGCAGCGUCAACCCAAUCAUCUAUGGGUUCUUCAAUGAGAACUUCCGCAGGGGCUUUCAGGCGGCGUUCAAAUUCCAGCUGUGCUCUGGUGACAUUGAGUGCAAAAGGACCUACUCCCACCGGAUCAGAGUGAACGCUGUGGUCCCAGCCCAGCCUGCCGCACUCAGCGGACCUGGCUCCAGAGUGGGAUCAGUGUUAGUGGGGAAGGGGAUGUGCUCGUUCCACGAAGAGGGGUUCUUGGCUGGAAGAAAUGAUAACAAAGAACAACAAGACCUGAUCAUGGAAGAUCUGGAAAAGGUGUCUCAUAUUUAGACGGACUGGGAGUGCACAGCACAUAGACACUUAAAAGGGUUCUAAUGCUUAUGGAGAAACACUUAUUGCAAUGGAAAGGUCAAUGGAACGCAGAAAUAUGUAUUCCAAGAGAAUGUACUCUCAAGGUCUGCAAUGUGUGUAUUUGUCUUUAUAAGUGUCCUAAUGGUGUAUAUAACGGAGGAUAAAGUGUCCAAUUGAUUUGAUUGACAUUGCAGUCAUGAGCAAACAGCUCAACUGGAGUCAGAUUUUGAUUCAGAUGUUGCUAAAGCAGGAAUAAAUUAUACAAACUCUCUCAUGUGAAAAUGCUUGAAGUGAGAUCAGCCUGCAUGUCACACUCUGUGAGGUGAGAAAGAUGUGAGAGAC